AUGCACAACAGGGCACCUAAAUUCCCAGGUCGACCUGGCCCACGAAAAUCCAAUACCUCUACACCUGCACCAGGUGAGGAAGGGCCCUACGUCCCGACCCUAGCCGACCGUCUCUCAUACGCCGAUUCUCCUCGCCCAUUCAAAUCCCCCACAUUCACCUCCAAACUCCCCUCUCGCACAGCCACAACGUCAACUUCGAUCGUGCGCAAGAACGCCAAGCAGAUUCUCAUCCUCGAGCGAGAAAGAUUAAGUGGAGGAGACGGGUUCUUGUCAGCUGCUCAUACGGCCGCGAAGGCCAGAGGAGAAGUAAUAGACAUAACGAAAAAGAAGAAAUCUACAGGUGCAGUAGGAGGUAAAAAAGGUAAUAUAGCGAAUUUGUUAAAAGGUAGAUUGAAAAGGGAAUUAUCAACUCAACAGAGUGAAAAUGGAUCGGCUCUGGGGUUAGGUAUAGAUAGUCAGAUGGAUAGUGGGACUAGUACACCUUUGAAUGAUGAGGAUGAGGAGGAAAUGGAGGUGGAUACACCAACUAAUGAGGUGGUAAAAGUUGAAGAAGGAGGGGAAAAUAAUGGACCGAGAAAAGAAAUUAUAACUUAUCAUACACCCACUGCACCACCUUCUUUGCUCCCUCCCAAGAAAUACUGCGACAUAACGGGCUUACACGCCAAUUAUACCGAUCCAAGGACGAAGUUGAGAUAUAAGGGGUUGGAUGUAUGGCAUGUGGUCAGAGGAUUGGGACCUGGUGGUGAUCAGGCUUAUCUUAGUUUGAGAGGUGCUCAGACAAGUCUGAAGUAG